AAUCACUCAGUAUUGAUGGAAUUUGUGUUCCUGGCCUAUCCCUCCUGCCCAGAACUGCGCAUCCUGUUCUUCCUUGGGGUCAGCCUGGUUUAUGGUUUAAUCGUCACUGGGAAUAUCCUCAUUGUGUUGGCCAUCCAGUCAGAAGCCCGCCUACACACAGCCAUGUACUAUUUCCUGGGAAGCCUCUCCGGAGUAGAAAUCUGCUACACAGCUGUCGUUGUGCCGCAUAUAUUGGCCAACACCCUAAGAACCGAGAAGACCAUCACACUCCUAGGCUGUGCCACUCAGAUGGUGUUCUUCAUUGGACUUGGCAGUGCUGACUGCGUCCUUUUGACUGUGAUGGCAUAUGACCGGUACAUUGCCAUUUGCCACCCUUUGCAGUAUCCUCUCAUCAUGACUUUGACUCUCUGUGUACGGUUGGUUGUGGCCUCUGUAGUCAUUGGCUUCUUCCUAUCUGUUCAACUAGUGGCUUUCAUCUUCUUUCUUCCAUUCUGCCAGGCUCGGGGUAUCAAACACUUCUUUUGUGAUGUGCCACCAGUGAUGCAGCUUGUAUGCUCCAACAGCCACUUCCAUGAGUACUCAGUGCUGAUGGCAGCUAUGCUGGCCAUAGCUGUGUCUUUCUUCCUAAUUGCCUUCUCCUAUGCCUUCAUAGUAUCUGCCGUUCUCAGGAUCCAAUCAGCAGCUGGCCGAAGCCGAGCCUUCUCCACCUGCUCCUCCCACCUCACUGUGGUCUUGCUGCAGUAUGGCUGUUGUGCCUUCAUGUAUCUACGCCCCAGUUCCAGCUACUCCCCCAAAAAAGACCAGCUCCUCUCUCUGGUCUACACACUGGGCACCCCACUGCUCAAUCCUCUCAUCUACACCCUGAGGAACAAUGAGGUGAAAGGGGCCCUCAGGAGAGUUGUUACCAGGAAUUAUGUUUCCACAAAUAAAUAG